AUGAGUCCAUUCCCGAAGAGGUUCUUCAAGUUCGGCUAUGAACCUCCAAACAAGAAGGUAAACACGUACUUCCAGCUGAACUACCUCGAUGCUAUUACCUUCGCACUUGAAGAUGACCAGAUAGACAAGCUUAUGGACUCCCAAUUUGGGAAACUUUUUCAAGCUGGCAACAAGAUCGCAUCUUCCGUUAGGUUUCUCCACUUUCUGCUGUCUAGGCAACUCGUUACCAGUAAGAAGAAAGAGAUAUGGUGUCUUUUCUCUGGUCAGCCAAUUCGUUUCUCGAUGAGGGAGUUUGCUAUUGCUACUGGUCUGGAUUGCUCGACUCUACCUUCGACAUCUGAAGGUGACGAUGAUGAAAUCAAGAGUUACACUAAGCAAUUGUUUGGGUCUGAGAAAAAUGCAACUCCACUUUGGAUAGCCAAUACUCUUUUGGGCAGGCCGUACAAGGAGAAAGAUAUCAGAUUCAAGCUUGCUUGUCUACUACUAGUUGACGGGAUAGUGUGUCCCACCUCUAAGAAUACAAAAAUUAAUGGGGAUCAUAUCUUGAUGGUUAGAGAUGUUGAUGAAUUUCUCUCCUAUCCUUGGGGUCGCAAAUCGUUUGACAUCACCAUGGAAAGCAUCAAAACGAGAACUGCUACUCUGUCCAAUCUCUGUCAGCCGACCUGUGCGAUUCAGGGCUUCUUACACGCUCUUCAAAUGGUGGUUUUAGCUUGCGUCCCCAACUUGUUGUCUAAGAAUGUUAAGGGGAAGAAACCAAGCUUAGCUGAUGAUGAUGAGGACGACGAUGAUUUCCCAUUACUACGCCCCGGUGCCCAGAAACCAAUUACACUUCAGAUGAAUCAUGUUAGAAUGGUUGACAAAGACGAUAAGGUACCCAACUAA